CUGCAGGUGAGGUGGGCCUGAGAGCUGGGUUGAGGCUGCGGUGCCUGGUUGGCGUCUGGGAGCUGCGCAGCCAUGGAGUCCCAACCAGCCAAAGCCGCCGGCGCUGCCCGGCUCUCCAGCCUGCUUGCCCGGGGCCGGCGGAGCCGCCACCCCCCCACGCUGCACAUGGUGCUCGAGGCGCUGCAGGCGCAGGACGGGAAGAAGGGCGCCUCAGUCGUCGCCAUUAAGCGCUUCAUCCUGGCCAAGUACCCCACGGUGGACCCCGUGCGCCUCAAGUAUCUGCUGAAGCGGGCGCUGGCGACGGGGCUGAGCCGCGGCUUCCUGGUGCGGCCCCAAAACUCCGCCGCCCUGGGGGCCACGGGGCGCUUCAAGCUCGCUCCCAAGAGGCUGCAGCAGAAACAGGCGCAGGGCCAGGAGGAUCCCGGGGAGGGACCGGCCCCGAAGACCGGACGCAGAGGGGCUGCCGAGGCUGCCCGAGCCCCUGCGGUGGCGCGGAGCGACGGAGGGCAAGGCACUGCCAAGGAGGAGCCGAAAGCAGUGAAGAGGAGGCCGAGGGCAAAGCCUGCAGAUGCCCAGCCGGCGGUGGAGAAGCCCAGGAGUCAAGGAGUGAAGGCCCACCGGGCCCCUGGCAAAGGGCGGCUGCAGCCCCCUGCAGCUCCUGCUGCCAGCGGUGUGCGAGAGGAUGGUGCUGACCGCCCUGCUGGGGUGAAGAGACCCAAAAAGGCCCCAGCAGCCAAGAGCAAAGGGAAGGUUCCUGAGGAGGCCCAGGAAGCUGCCUCAAAGAAGGGAGGUAAAGCCAAGGCAAGGAAGCCUCAGGCAGCUCUGGGUGCUGGCCAGGGGGGGAAGGCUGGAGCACAGGAGGCAGCUCCUGGCAGGAAGGUGUCAUAGGGGCCCCAGGACUUUGACAACACAGCGCCGUCCCCAGCUGAGUCUGGGCUUUGGGGUAGGAGCUGGUUUUAAUUCUCAGGUGUUAAUUCUGUUCAUCUGCUACUAAUAAAGGUUGUCUGAUUCA